AUCACGUAAAGAAGGCGUGGUUUUCAUUAAAGAUUUGCUCACUAGAGGGAGAGUUGUAUCCCUUACUCGACCUCUUCGCCCUUGAUAAAGGUCACUUUUGCUCACGUCUUCACCGGUCGCCGGACGCCUAAAUUCAGAGUCUCUCCCAAACUUCAGCAGACUAAACACAAAUCAUCAUGACUACCUACUUCAACUACCCUCCUCCUGAGCUGCAGGCCGAGCUCCGCGACAUUGCCAACCGCAUCGUGGCCCCCGGCAAGGGUAUUUUGGCCGCUGACGAAUCUACUGCCACCAUCGGCAAGCGCUUUGCCGACAUCGGUGCCGAGAACAACGAGGAAAACAGGAGGCAGUACCGCCAGCUGUUGUUCAACUCCGACAAUGUUUUGUCUGAGAACAUCAGCGGCGUGAUCUUGUUCCACGAGACCCUGUACCAGAAGGACGACAACGGCACCCCAUUUGCCGAAAUCCUGAAGAAGAAGGGAAUCAUUCCCGGAAUCAAGGUCGACAAGGGUGUCGUCGACCUUUUCGGCAGCGAGGGUGAGUGUACAACUCAGGGUCUUGACGACCUUGGUGCUCGCUGCGCCCAGUACAAGAAGGACGGCUGCGACUUCGCAAAGUGGAGGUGCGUGCUCAAGAUCGGCCAGAACACUCCUUCCUAUCAGGCCAUCCUUGAGAACGCCAAUGUUCUCGCUCGCUACGCCUCCAUCUGCCAGGCCAACCGCAUCGUCCCAAUUGUUGAGCCUGAGGUUCUGCCCGACGGCACUCAUGACCUUGACCGCGCCCAGAAGGUGACCGAGACCGUUCUGGCUGCCGUGUACAAGGCCCUGAACGACCACCACGUCUACCUGGAGGGAACCCUGCUGAAGCCCAACAUGGUUACUCCUGGUCAGUCAUGCCCCAACAAGGCCUCUGCCCAGGAGAUCGCCAGGGCAACGGUUCAGGCCCUGCAGCGCACCGUGCCCGCCGCUGUUCCCGGAGUCACCUUCCUCUCUGGUGGCCAGUCUGAGGAGGAGGCGUCCGUCAACCUCGACGCCAUCAAUAAGUACGAGGGCAAGAAGCCCUGGUCCCUGACUUUCAGCUACGGCAGAGCCCUGCAGGCUUCCGUGCUCCGCGCUUGGGGAGGAAAGAAGGAGAACAUCAAGGCAGCUCAGGAUGAGCUGAUCAAGCGCGCCAAGGCUAACGGAUUGGCUUGCCAGGCCAAGUACACAGCUGGCAUGUUCUCGAGUGCUGCUGCUGCAAAAUCAAAUUUCGUCAAAUCACACGCCUACUAAAUUCCCAAAUCCUUUUGCUACACUAUUUUGCAUGGCUAACGGUGACGCAUCUUUAGGCAAGUAUUCUGCUGGCACCGUUGUGGGCGCUGCCGCCGAUGUUGGUCUCUUCAUCAAGGACCACGCAUACUAAAUUACUGCACUCUUUCAAGUUGUUGUAAAGUCGAAUUGUGAAAAAAGUUGUGCCAUCAAAUGUCACCGCAGUUAGCACAAUUUACGACCUUUUAAUUUUUAUGCAAGCAGAUGUGUUGAUUUCUCAGAGUUUUUAAAAAUUUGUGUUACAUUGAUGUUGGUGCAUUAGUAAUACUACUUGUUGAAGGAAAAGAAAAAAUUAGGAGAGCUCUCAUUAUGCAUUUCAAAUAACCUUUAACCGGCAGUUCAAUAAACACUCAUGUCUGAACCAGUCA